AACAACAACACCAUCAACAACACAAACAACAGCAGCAACAACAGCAACAACAGCAACAACAACACCAAUAACAACACCAUCAACAACAACACCAAUGUCAACAACAACAACAACAACAACUGCAACAGCACCACCACCAACAACAACAACAACACAAACAACAGCAGUAACAGCAACAACAACAGCUACACCACCACCACCAACAACAACAACAACAACAACAUCAGCAACACCAACAACAACAACAAC